AGAGAUAGAGAUAGAGAUAGAGAGAGAUGGGUUGUGGGAAUUUCUUCUUCACCCUUGUGAUAACCUUCUCAGCAGCUCUCAUCACAUACAACAUAAUCAUCUCAGCCAAUGCAUCUCUCAAACAAGACUUCCCUGGUCCAUCAAUCCUAUCAACAUCAAAAGGGUCGAUCUCAGUUGACCCAAUAAUCAAGAUGCCAGUGGAUAGAUCGAAAACCAGUUCAUCCAAAGGGAAGAGAUUGUUCCACACAGCAGUCACAUCAUCUGACUCAAUCUACAAUACAUGGCAGUGUAGGAUCAUGUACUACUGGUUCAAGAAGUUCAAAGAUGGACCCAAUUCUGAGAUGGGUGGGUUCACAAGGAUACUGCACUCUGGCAAGCCUGACAAGUUCAUGGGUGAGAUCCCCACCUUUGUUGCUCAGCCACUUCCAGCUGGAACGGAUCAGGGGUAUAUAGUCCUCAAUAGGCCUUGGGCGUUUGUGCAAUGGCUUCAACAAGCAGACAUUAAAGAAGACUACAUAUUGAUGGCAGAGCCAGAUCAUAUUAUUGUCAAGCCCAUACCAAACUUAUCUAGAGAUGGCCUUGGAGCUGCAUUCCCUUUCUUUUACAUUGAACCUAAAAAGUAUGAGUCCGUCCUUAGAAAGUUUUUUCCUGAGGAAAAGGGACCAAUAAGCAGCAUUGAUCCAAUAGGAAAUUCUCCUGUUAUCGUAGGAAAGGAGUCUUUGAAAAACAUAGCUCCCACUUGGAUGAAUAUAUCCUUGGCAAUGAAGAAAGAUCCUGUAACUGAUAAAGCUUUCGGUUGGGUCCUUGAGAUGUAUGCUUAUGCCGUUUCAUCUGCUUUGCAUGGCGUGGGUAACAUCUUAUACAAGGACUUCAUGAUUCAGCCUCCUUGGGACACAGAAAUUGGCAAAAAGUUCAUUAUUCAUUACACUUAUGGAUGCGACUAUGAUAUGAAGGGAAAGUUGACCUACGGAAAGAUUGGAGAAUGGAGAUUCGACAAAAGAUCUUAUGAUAAUGUCUGGCCCCAAGAAAUCUUUCACUGCCUCCACCUGGUGUCCCAGAAAGUGUGGUUACUCUGGUGAAAAUGGUGAAUGAAGCCACAGCUAAUAUUCCGAACUGGGGUCCUAAAUUGAGUUUUUCGGAGAAACUCCUGUAUGUGCAGUGCUAACAAGGUGGAUGAUGAAGGUAUAGGCGCUUUAUAGUCAAACAAAUGUUUUUCGCGAGACAAAAAUUUCGAAAUUGCCACCUGUUUUUCUGCUUUGAAGACUUGCUUAGACAACCCAGGUGGUGGGUUAGAAAGUGCAAAACUUGCUGCAAUUGGGUUGUCUACCUAUCUUGAUUUCCUUUUAUCUCCCUGCACAACUGUAGCAUAUGUCCUAUAUUCUACAUAUAGAAGUGUGUUAGCUUAUGAGGCAUGUAAUCAUAGAGAAACCUGAUGGCAAGACCUCAUGUUUUCUUCCUCCAGCAUGAAAUUUUUAUUAUAAAUCACCUUGAAGUUCAAUCAUUUUACCAUUAAAAUUUCCUGCCAGAUUUGGAUGUAUUGUACUGUUGGAUUAUGGGCCUAUGGUUGGACCUUAAUUAUCAUUAUUUUAUAAAGUGA